ACAGCUUGGAAUUGGACAGAAUGACUGAAUGUAGGGGCCUAUACAAAAAGAUUUUCAAAGGCAGUUGUUACAAUAGUCUAUAGACAGUCAAGUCUCAAGACAAUACAACCGUGCAAGUUGUAGUACAUGAUGUAUCACUGCAGGCUACAUAACAUACGUAACAUCGGGGAAGGAGAAGGAAAAUGAUAGGGGGAGUGGUAAACCGACCAGGCUCUCCGACUGUUACACGUCGUUACUCCGUCUGUUACCGUCUGUUACUCCGACUGUUACACCUCUCGCCAACGUAGUGUUAAGUGAGAAGGGAACUUGUGGCUAGGGGAGUGGAAGCUCAUAACAGUGAAAGAUAUAUGCAGCAGAGUCUGUGUGGGAAGAAAGAUGGUGAUUAAGCUUGAUCACAAGAGUGUACUGUGUUACGUGUGUAGGACGAAAGAGGGAACCAUAGACAUGGAAGAGCCGGGUGCUAAGAAGCAUGUGAUUGAGCUGGAUCUCGCCUCUUCUGUAGAAGAUUUUGCAGCCCUAGUUGAAAGAGCCACUGAUGUGCCAGUUGCUUCACAAAAGCUAAUUUUCAAAGGUAAGACCCUACAGUCAGUCAACACCUUGGAAGCAUCAGGAGUUUGUGAUGGUUCAAAGAUAAUGCUGAUAGGCCGGAAACAUGCUGCGGAAGAAGAAAUGCAAAUGAAGGAGGUUGAGAAGGUUGAAAAGGAGGUCGAUGUGGCAGAGAAGCAGUUGCUCGAACUAGGAAAAGAAAUCGAUGGCAUAGAGAAGGGUUGGCUGGAAGGCAUGCAAAAGCGGGAGGCCCUCGGCAAGCUGUCGAAGCGGGCGGCUGUCGCGACCGAACAAUUUAUGCGAAGACUCGUGAAACUCGACGCGCUGGAGAUAGGAGCCGAGCACAAGUCUGCCAGGCUGCGCAGGAAGAGUCUAGUCGUGCGGCUGCAGAAACUUCUACAAAAAUGUGAUCAGGGAGAGGAAAGAUUACAGCGGUUAUUAUCAAAUGACGGCUCGUCCUGAUAUUAGAUUAUGAGUUACACAACAUGAAUAAAAUCAAGAGCUAAUAAGACCUUAAGAGCUUAAGAGCUAUAAUAAAAGAGGUAUUAUUAGCUCUUGAUAAAAUGUGGAUCCAGCUGGACUAGGAUAUGCCAUUUUAGAAGACUAUGAUAUAAUCAAGAGCGAUAUAAUUGGUUAUGCAGCGGUUUGAGGCGAUAAGUGUAGCUAUAUGUAGCACACACAGCCGAUGGAAGAUCAACUGAACGUAUUCUAUACGUAUUCGUCUCCCCACGUGUUAUGUCUGCAAAAAAUUAACGUUGAGGUACAGCUUUAGUACUUACUUUUAAUGAAGUUUUUACUUAGCAGGUGUAGUUUUUUCGAACAGACUGUAACGAUAAAUUAUUAUUAACUGGUAAAAUAACAUCGAGUCAUCAGAAAUCAUACUUUUAUCUCAUGUUAUAUUUUCUGGAGUACAUCAAUAGAGAUAGAUAUAUCUUGUAUCGUAUUGGAAAUACGAUAAUAACUUAUUUUCCUGUUAUUUUAUAUAAUUAUGAUUUUCUUUUUUUUUUUACUAAAGCAACAGCCUGUAAUGCAAUAAUGGUGAUGCAUGUUAUUAAAUAACGUUGAAGUCCAAA